GUUGGAUAAACAUAAACGGUAGAGUUCAAUUAGGCAGUUUGCAGAGCGGUCUAUCCACUCACUGUCCAGUGUGAGUGAAAGGCCAUCGCCAUAGAAGCUCAGAAGCUCAUCAAUGGCUUCCUCUGCGACCCCUCUCCCACUACCGUCUCAUCUUCCCCUUCAUGCCCACACGACGAAGCCCCAAAUCCCCACCAUUCGCUUCCGCCUCAGCAAACUAUGCCAAGAAGGGCAGCCCCAUCUCGCCCGCCAACUCUUCGACGCUCUUCCUCGCCCAACCACCGUCCUCUGGAACACCAUCAUCAUCGGAUUGGUCUGCAACAACUUCCCCGAUGAAGCCCUCUUCUUCUACGGCAAAAUGAAAUCGUCCUCUCCACACGUCAGGUGCGAUUCCUAUACUUACUCUUCAGUUCUCAAGGCCUGCGCCGAUACCCGAAAUUUAGAGGUUGGCAAGGCCGUUCAUGGCCACUUUCUUCGCUGCCUUGUGAAUCCUAGUCGAAUUGUGUACAAUUCGCUUUUGAAUAUGUACUCUAUGUGUUUGAGCACCACCCCAGAUGGCAGGGGGUCUGGUUAUUCAGGGCGGGAUUUGGUACGCAAGGUGUUUGAUUCUAUGCGUAAGAGAACUGUCAUUGCUUGGAAUACUCUUAUUGCUUGGUAUGUUAGAACGGAGAGAUAUGAUGAAGCAGUGAGACAAUUUAGGAUGAUGAUGAAAAUUGGGAUAAAACCGAGUCCUGUUAGUUUCGUCAAUGUGUUUCCUGCCUUUUCUAGUUUGGGGUACUUUAAGAAGGCGAAUGUUGUAUAUGGAAUGCUUGUUAAGUUAGGUAGUGAAUAUGUUAACGACUUGUAUGUUGUGAGCUCUGCAAUUUUCAUGUAUGCUGAGCUUGGUUCGCUUGAAUUUGCUAAGAAGGUGUUUGACAAUUGUUUGGGGAGAAACACGGAGGUUUGGAAUACAAUGAUCAGUGCUUUUGUUCAAAAUAGUUGUCCCCUUGAAGGAAUUAAACUAUUCCUUCAAGCUGUCGAAUCUGAAGAUGCUGCUCUUGAUGAAGUAACUCUGCUUUCAGCUUUAGCUGCAGCUUCACACUUGCAGAUGUUUGAAUUAGCUGAACAGUUGCAUGCAUUUGUCAUCAAGAACGUAGCCGUGUUGCAAGUUUGUGUACUGAAUGCCCUCGUUGCCUUGUAUUCUAGGUGCAAUUCGAUUGAUAUAUCGUUUAAAAUUUUUGAUAACAUGCCUGAGAAGGAUGUUGUUUCAUGGAAUACAAUGAUCUCUGCCUUUGUACAAAAUGGACUGGAUGAUGAAGCAUUAAUGCUUUUUUAUGAGAUGCAGAAGCAGGGCAUGAUGGUUGAUUCUGUGACUGUUACUGCUCUGCUUUCAGCAGCUUCGGAUCUUAGAAAUCCCGAUAUUGGAAGGCAAACUCAUGCCUAUCUACUUAGGAAUGGGAUUCAAUUUGAGGGAAUGAAUAGCUAUCUUAUAGACAUGUAUGCCAAAUCUGGUUUUAUUGAGGCUGCUCAAAAUAUAUUUGAUAAAAGCUAUAAUCACGAAAGAGACCAGGCCACUUGGAAUGCUAUGAUGUCCGGCUACACACAAAAUGGACUAGUCGAUCAGGCUUUCCUCGUCCUUAGACAGAUGCUUGACCAAAAGGUAAUGCCUAAUGUUGUGACCUUAGCUUCAAUUCUUCCUGCUUGUAAUCCAUCAGGGUACAUAGAUUGGGGCAAACAACUCCAUGGAUUCUCUAUCCGUAACGACUUAGACCAAAAUGUUUUUGUUGCAACUGCUCUUGUUGACAUGUACUCCAAAUCUGGGUCAAUCACCCAUGCUGAGUAUGUUUUUAGUAAAGCCAAUGAGAAAAGUGUAGUGACUUAUUCCACCAUGAUAUUGGGGUAUGGUCAACAUGGGAUGGGUGAGAGUGCUCUCUCGAUGUUUCACAGAAUGCAAAAAUCUGGCAUUAGGCCUGAUGCAGUUACCUUUGUAGCAGUUUUAUCUGCCUGUAGUUAUUCUGGUUUGGUCGACGAAGGUCUUCAAAUCUUCAAGUCAAUGAGAACUGAAUAUAACAUUCAGCCGUCCACUGAACACUUAUGUUGUGUAGCUGAUAUGUUGGGGAGGGUCGGGAGAGUGGACGAAACCUAUGAGUUUGUCACAGGUUUAGGGGAACAAGGUAAUUCGAUGGAAAUUUGGGGGUCACUUCUGGCUGCAUGCAGGAUUCAUAAACAAUUCGAAUUGGGAAAGGUUGUUGCUGAGAAGUUGCUAGAAAUGGAGAAAAGAAAUGGAAAAACGGGUUACCAUGUUUUGCUUUCAAAUAUAUACGCAGAGGAAAGAAACUGGGAAAAUGUCGACAUCGUUAGAAAACAGAUGAGGGAAAAAGGUUUGAAGAAGGAAACUGGAAGCAGUUGGAUUGAGAUUGCUGGUUAUAUGAACCAUUUUGUAUCCAAGGAUAGGAAGCAUCCACAAUCCGACCGAAUAUAUGGCAUGUUGGAGGAAUUACUGAUGGAGAUGAAACAUGCUGGUUAUAGACCAGACUCCACUUCCUUUGGAACCUGAUGAAUGAUGCACUUGCCAUACUCAUGAGAAGAAGAAGAAGCAGCAACCAAGCUCUCGAUGCUUUAGCCUCACAAACACGGCUAUGAUGAAAAAGGAUAACGCUUUUGAAGCAGCUGCCACUAGUCGGUUAAAGUGAACUGUAGUGCUCGAUGUCGGAUGGCCCUCUUCCAUAAAGUUAUCAUGUCUUUCAGCCUCUACUUUGCUGGCUAAGAUCUGUCCUGAUUUCUAGUAUGCCGUUUUGAAGCUAUAUCAUCAUUUUAUUAAUCAAAACAUCUCAAUGUCUAUUGAAAAGCUAUGCAGAGAUGUGUGGUUUGGAUGAAUGUUGCAUUUAACCAUGAUCCUCUGCCCCUCGAUCCCUGAUGGCUAGCGGACACAAACAAGGACUAGCUUUCCCUUGCUGGCGUCGAGAGGGUCCAAGGAAAGCUCCAGCAAUAGCUCAUGGGAAGUUGCACUGGAUGUGAUUAUGAUUCGACCAAGACGUUGAGGAACAUGUUUGGUACAGAUGUCGUUUGAUGUUUCGUUCUUCCUGCAAGUUAAUAUUACUGUCCUUUCAGUGAAAUUGGUCUCCUCAGGUGCUUCAACUGUUUGCAUGAGUAAGAUCUUCAUUAUCAUUUUUGAGUUUACGUGUACAACUGUGAAAUUAUUUUAAAAUAUAGAAAUGAAUUUUAUCUGAUCUAACCCAAAACAAAGAUAAAAAGAGUCAGUUUUUGCACAAAUCUCUAUUAUUGAUAAUCUUAUGAAGUUAUUUCAUAGUUUGUCACGAUUUUUCAAACUUCUGAAUAAAUAUAUAUAAAACUUCAAGAUUCCACCUCGUUGAAUCUCCAAAGAGGAAAUGGAACAAAUAAGUACCUUAAAGGCGUCUACUCUUGUUUCAUUGUAUUCAGAAGAAAAGAUGUGCAUUAUUGAUAAUUCCCAUGUGUCUUCUUAACCAUAUCAUAUCCAUAUCGUAAGAU